GAAGACGUUUUCGUUAUGUUGUGCGAGUUCUGUUCUGGGCUGAACAGCGCCAUCUACUGGCAAAACACCGCCAGGGUCGGAGAGACACGUGAGGCGAGGACACCCACCGUGACGUCAUUCCGUAAGCGACCGCUUCAACUGGACGAGCUGCGCAGGCAAUUUGGGCAACGGGGCUGUUUUCAACCUCGAACAUGGUCAAAUCGGGGAAACUUCGAUCCGGGACGGGGUCUAAACUAAAACGGUGGAAGAAAGGACACAGUAGCGACUCAAACCCGGAGACGAGUCGGCAUCGGCAGGCUGCUAAAAGCCGCUUCUUCAGCCGACCCACCGGAAAGAGCGACCUAACGGUUGAUGCUCUUAAGCUUCACAAUGAUCUGCAGGUCGGUCCGCUGGAGCUGGGUGGCCGUAAAAAUGCCUGUAUGGAAGAGGAGCCCAAUGAGGGGUUUUCAGAAAGGACCUCGGGUACCUUCCUCAGCGGCCUGUCGGACUGCUCGAACCUGACCUUCAGAAAUGUGCAGCGCUACUGGGAAUCCAAUUCAGCUGCUCACAAAGAGAUCUGUGCAGUGUUGGCAGCUGUUACUGAGGUGAUCCGUAGUCGAGGAGGGAAGGAGACAGAAACGGAGUACUUUGCUGCUUUGAUGACGACACUGGAGGUUGUGGAUUCGGCCGAGUCUCAGGCUGCAGUGGCGUACCUUCUCAACCUCGUCAUGAAACGGGUUCCUGUUCCUGUGCUCAUGUCAAAGUUCUCGGACACCACCAAGGCUCUGAUGGAGAUCAUGUCCAAACAGGCCAUGUUUGAGACUUCCUCGGCUCUUAGAUGGAUCCUGUCGUGCUUGGCCACUUUGUUGAGGAAGCAGGAUGCAACUGUCUGGACUUACCCGUCUACUGUUCAGGCUUACCACGGCCUUCUCAGCUUCACAGUGCACAGCAAGCCAAAGUUAAAUUUCAUGUCCUGUUUCUCUUCUCAGGUCCGUAAAGCAGCGCAGCAAGGCGUCUGCUCCAUUCUCAGAGGUAGUGACUUCCUGUUUACAGACGAUGCCCCGACCCAUCACCCUGCUGCAGCCACCACAGCCAAGUUCUGCAUGAAGGAAAUGGAGCAGGCAGGAGGCAGCAAAGAGGACACCACCACACUUCACGUGCUGGGGCUUCUGAAGGAGUUGAUGGGGAUAUUUCCUCUAGUUGCUGUCAAGUCCUGUUGUGAGACUCUGCUGCGAGUGAUGACCCUCAGCCAUGUGCUGGUGACCGCCAGUGCCAUGCAGGCCUUUCAUAAGCUAUUCAGCGGGAAGCCAAAUGCCUUAACCCUCUCUCCAGAACUCAACGCACAGAUCAUCACGGCUCUUUAUGACUAUCUGCCGAGUGAGAAUGACCUGCAGCCUCUGCUGGCUUGGCUCGCUGUCAUGGAGAAAGCACAUGUCCACUUGGCGGGUUUGCAGAGUACUCUGAGUUUGGGUCACCUCCCUCGGCUCUUCUCUGCGGCCACGUCCUGUCUGUUGUCACCUCAUACGCAGGUGGCUUCUGCAGCCACCAAUACACUAAAGACAUUAUUGACUGAAUGUGUUGCUCCUCACAUGGAGGGGAUGGGCAUGAUCACCGCCACAGCCUCGGCAGGGAACCCCUCCUAUGUCUGCAAAAUGUUUCGCAUCAUAGAGGAUGGAUUGUCUUACCGCUUCCAUGCCGCCUGGCCAUUUGUGCUGCAGAGCCUGGGUUGCUUCUAUCGAGCGGCAGGGAAACAAGCUCACCCCAUCAUGACCAAGUCCCUGCAGUCUCUGGCGGACCUGCGCUCCACUCCUCAUUUCCCCUUCAGCGGUGAGUUGGACCUGGCUGUAGGAGGCGCUGUAGAGGUCAUGGGGCCUGAAGUGGUGCUGGGUGCUGUUCCUCUCAACAUCACCGGCUACGACGAUGACUUGGAGUUCCCACGCAGCUGGCUGAUCCCGGUCAUACGGGACCACGUGAAGAACACUCACCUUGGUUUCUUCUCUUCCUACUUCCUCCCUCUCGCCUCCACACUCAUGCAGAGAGCUGUAGAAUUGGAGCAAGCAGGCCAGAAACUCGAGUCCAAAGUCUACAAGACAUUACAGACGCAGAUUUGGACCAUGCUUCCUGGCUUCUGUACAUGUCCUGUGGACCUACUUGCAUCCUUCAAAAGCAUUGCUCGCACACUCGGUAUGGCUGUGAAUGAACGGCCGGACCUUCGGCUCACAGUGUGCCAGGCUCUACGCACGAUCGUCAACAAGAGCUGCUCCACCGAGGAAGAAAAAGCUGAAGUGGGCCGCUUCUCCAAGAACUUCCUGCCCAUCCUUUUCAAUGUGUACAGCCAGAAGCCUGCAGCCGGAGAGUCCGCCACCUACAGGAUGGCUGUGCUAGACACCAUCAAGGUCUACCUAACUGUCACCGAGACAGAGAUGAUCUGCACUUUCCUCCAAAAGGCCACAGACAGAUUGAUUAGCUCUGACGCCAACGAGUUCACACGGCUGUCAAUGAUGGACCUUGUAGUUGCCAUGGCUCCCUCUUUAGAUGAGGUCACCAUAACUAAAACCUUUGAGCUGAUUAAGCCAUAUUUGGAGACCAAAGAGCCCGGCAUGCAGAAGAAGGCGUACCGUGUGCUGGAGGAGAUGUGUGGAGGAGAGAGAGAUGAGUGCAGAUCGUUUGUCGUAGCUAAUCUGGAAGCGCUCAAAGUUGUGCUGCUCGAAACUCUGAAAAAUGCCUCCUCACCAGCAAAGAGGCCGAGACUGAAGUGUCUGAUCCACAUCGUGAAAAGUCUCAAUGAAGAACACAGAGACUUCAUAACAACACUGCUGCCAGAGGUGAUUAUCUGCACCAAGGAGGUGUCUGUUGGAGCGCGUAAGAACGCCUACAAUCUGCUGGUGGAAAUAGGAAACGCAUUCAUCCGCUUCUGUGGGAACAUAAACGAUGCCAUGGAGCAGUACUUGGCAUUGGUGUAUGCAGGACUUACAGGCUCCGUCACUAUGAUCACCUGUACAGUGUUGGCGCUAACUCGACUGAUGUUUGAGUACAAAGACGCUAUAGAUGUGACCACCAGGGAGCAGCUGCUGCACAAUGUGUGUCUGCUGCUGACAUCUCGUACCAGAGAGAUAGUCAAAGCUUCCUUAGGCUUCAUCAAAGUCAUCCUCUUCAUCAUGGACCCCAAGACGCUGGCAUCACAUGCCACUGUCAUAAUGAAGGGAGUCGGGAGCAUCAAAGACGAUGUGAGGAGGCACUUCAGAACCAAACUGAAGAACAUCUUUACCAAGUUCAUCAGGAAGUUUGGUUUUGAGCUGGUGAAAAGCAUGCUGCCCGCAGAGCACCACAAGGUCCUUGCGAACAUCCGCAAGGCCGAUGCUCGCACCAAGAGAAAGAAGCAGGCUAAAGAGCAGCAGGACGACUCCAACAGCGAAAAGGAUAAUCCUAAAGCCAAGAGCCAAAGUAUUGAGGACAUCCUUGCCGAGUCAGACAGUGAUAUGUCAGAGGACGAAGGAAAGAAGAAGUAUUCUCAGAAGAAAGCAGGCAAACCGCAGAAAGCAAGGGCCUGGCUCAAAGAAGGAGAGGAAGAUGACCCACUUAACUUCCUGGACCCCAAGGUUUCCCAGAGAGUGCUAGCCACCAACCCAGCGAUGAAAAAGAGUGCCAAGGUUGCGCACGGCUUCAAGGUGACGUCAGACGGACGGCUGAUCAUCAGAGAGGAUGACGUGGAGGAUGUGAAAGACAACGAUGAGGGAGAGAUGAAAGAUAUCCUAGAAGAGGCCGGAGUCAAGAGUAAAAAGUCACUGAAAAGGAAUUUCCAAAAUGACAACUUCGAUGAUGACAUGGACGUUCAACCCCAGCAAAAAUAUAAAGCUGGCGGCUCGGGUAUCCACAGAGCCCUGGGAGGAAGAGAAGACAUGGGUUCAGACUACAAGUCAAAGAAAGGAAAAGGAGACGUGAAGAUAAAAGGAAAGGUGGAUCCUUAUGCUUACAUCCCUCUGAAAAAGUCCCAGCUCAAUCGAAGAAAGCGGGCCAAAAUGCAGGGCCAGUUCCAGGGCUUGGUGAGAGGAGCCCAGAAGGGGGCGCUGUCUGGAAAGAAAAUGCAGAAGAAAAAGAGGAAAGCCUGAAGAGCAUUCUUCUAUUCCUCAAUGGACUUUAAUUGCGUUGUGUGUGUGUGUGAGAGAUAGUGUGUUCAGAAACAUACUAAAGUGUAGACAUACACUUUGGAUGUGUGUAUGUUUGUGUGUCAUUGAAGGUGAAACCAGUUUGUUUUUAAACUGUUCCUUCUUUCUAAGCUCUCAAAUGUUUCCGACAUUAUAAAACUUUGUCGACCUUUAUCUGUCAAAGAAACCACGCAACUGUAAUCUGUUGGUUCUGUAUCAGAUAAAUAUCCCCCGCCGUAAAGAACUGCGUUUUGACUGCUAAGCGCCCACAGUGAACCUCUGUCUCGCAUUCUAUUGCAGAAAUCUAAGAUUGUACGAGGUGUAUUGUACGACAACUUCAUCUAAUUAAUUAGCCGCUCUGUUUGAGUUUGAAGUGUGCUUCAUGGCGCAGCCCAUCGGUGUCUAGACGGAGGGGAUGGCCCACCGGGCUGUAUUCAUUCUAUCACACAAUGCAGCAGUUGUCCUUGCACACACACCUGGCGGAGAUCUGCAGCACCGCUCUGCUUUUCUCUUAUUUUUCACUAGAAGGCGCUGUAGACUUCUUGGUUAUUACCAGUGAACAAAAGGCUUCAUUCAUGCAUUUUAAGAUUAUUAAAUACAAAUUUAGAGCUGUUUCUGUACUGAUGUUUGAAGCAAUAUUUUCUUGUUGUUAAUCCUGACCAGAAACUCGGCUAUCUCAAGCCUGUAGUUGGUUUUUCAUGCAACAGUGUAACUUCAAUGCAGCUCCAUAAAGGGUGCGUUUACAUAC